AUGGCUCCCGCAGCUAUUCCUGAUAAUCAUCAACUUCAUGUAUUUCUGUUCCCGGUCAUGGCUCAAAGUCUCAUGAUUCCGAUGGUAGAUGUUGCAAGACUAUUUGCUGCUCGUGGUCUUAAAUCCACUAUAAUCACUACUCCUCUUAAUGCAAUGAAUGUUUCUAAAUCAGUGGAACGGGAUAGAUUAUCUGGUCUCAAUAUCAAUGUGCAAAUCAUUCCGUUUCCUGGCGUUGAGGCAGGUUUACCAGAAGGAAUUGAAUGUCUUAAUGAGAUUACUUCACCUGAAAUGAUGCCUAAAUUUUUCAAGGCUAUGGAUAUGGUUCAAGAACCAUUUGAGAAGCUCUUGGAACAACAUCGCCCAGAUUUUGUAGUCGCGGGUAUGUUUUUAACAUGGGCAACCGAGUCCACAGCUAAGUUUGGUAUUCCUCGAUUUGUCUUUCAUGCAGCAAACUUCUUUUAUCUCAGCGCGAAGGAGAGUUUAAGACUUCACAAACCUUACGAGACGAUUAGUACUGAUCAUACUGAUGAAAAUUCCUCAUCAUUUGUGAUCCCGGGUCUUCCAGACAAGAUAGAGAUGAGCACGGCACAGAUACCUAGCCAUUCCGAAAGUAGCAAUUUUGUUGUCGAGAUGCAAAAGAAAAUAAGUGAAUCCGAGGUAAACAGCUACGGGAUCUUAGUUAACAGCUUCUAUGAGUUGGAGCCAGCUUACGCCGAGCAUUACAAAACUGUCUUGGGAAGAAAAGCAUGGCAUAUUGGCCCCAUUUCGCUUCUAAAUGAGCAUGCCGCUGAUAAGGCUCAAAGAGGAAAGAAAUCGGCAAUUGAUGAACAUUAUGUAUUGAAGUGGCUCGACUCAAAGGAACCAAAUUCAGUUCUUUAUGUUUCUUUUGGGAGUGUAUCACGGGUUAAUGACAAUCAGUUGCUGGAACUAGCGAUGGGUCUUGAGAGUUCAGGUUGUUCAUUCAUUUGGGUUGUACGGCAAAUAAAGAAGGACGAUGAAGAGAGAUUUUUACCAACAGGUUUUGAGGAGAGAGUAAAAGGAAGGGGUCUCAUAAUCAGAGACUGGGCACCGCAGCUAUUAAUCCUCGACCAUCAAGCGGUUGGUGGAUUUAUGACUCAUUGUGGAUGGAACUCUGUGUUAGAAAGUAUAAGUGCAGGGGUUCCUAUGAUAACUUGGCCUAUGUUUGCUGACCAGUUCUAUAACGAUAUAUUUAUCACUCAAGUCAUUAAGAUGGGAACUCCAUUAGGACCCAAAGAGCACAAUUGGUUAGACUCGAAAAAUGUGUCGUUGGUGAAGAACGACAAGAUAGAAAUGGUGGUCAGCUGGUUGAUGGGUGAUGGGGAAGAAGCUAAAAACAUGAGAAAGAGAGCAAAAGAAAUCAGUGAAAUGGCCAAGAAAUCUGUUGAAGAGGGUGGUUCGUCUUAUGCCGACUUGACUAGUUUGAUUGAGGAGAUGAGAAUCUACACUAAGAAAUAA